AAAAAACGCACAACGAGAAAAUAAAAAACGCACCGCCGGUAACAAUUUUCCGGCGAAUCUGAAAACUAACGAUUUUUCUCGAGUUUGGUAGAGAAAGAGAAAGAGAUUGAUUCGUUCCUGGUUCGUGGAUCGAAUAGAGAAGAAGAAAGAGUAAGUGCAACAGAAUCAAUGGUAUUUCCCGGUGAGAUGACGACGACGACAACGAGACCUGAGCAACGAUCGAAGACUCUUCACAAUUUCCCUCUCCCGAACUUAUGGGGGAAUCAGAGACAACUCAAGUGCACGAAGAUCGACUCUAUCAGCAACAACAACAACAACGGAGGAGGUCCCGGCGGCGAUCACCGACUACGACGCCGAUCUCCGCCUCUGGAAUUCGCUGAUUCUCCCGUUUCGAUGCCGUUUCGAUUCGGUAACUCCGAUCAUCGCCGACCGUUUAAAUCGGGAAGCGAAGAAGGGAUCGAAGAGUUCAGGGUGAAGCUUAUGUCGGAUCUGAAGACGGAGACAGAUAAGAUCACACAAUCGAUGUUUAACAAAGGCGUAACCGAAGAGGAAGAGGAACAAAUCGACGGUUCUGGUUCUGGUUCUGGUUCCGGUCAAGAGAAGGAGAUGAUUCCUCCGGUGAAGCCGUGGAAUCUAAGGAAAAGAAGAGCAGCAGCGUGUAAAGAACCGGAAUCCAACAGUUUGAUCAAUAAAGGAAUUGUGAUUGAGGAGAAGGUAGUGAAGAAUCCAUCUCCGGUGAGAGGCGGCGGCGGAGUGGUCGAAGCGGAGAAGAAGCGUCCUAUGUUCUCUAUGAAGCUAUCGAAGAAGGAGAUGGAAGAAGAUUUCAUUGGGAUGGUAGGUCACCGAGCACCGCGUCGGCCCAAGAAACGGUCCAAAACUGUUCAGAAAAAACUCGAUAGUUUGUUUCCAGGGUUGUAUUUGACUGAAGUGACACAUGAUGCAUAUAAGGUUCCAGAAUAAACCAAGGUAUAAUCAUCAAUCAUCAUCAUCAUCACGGAUUUGAAAAGCUUGAGACUUUUUUAGUUUGAGAGAUUCUGAUUCAUUGUUGCUUUUACAGAAUCUGCAGAGAUGAUGAUGAUGAUGAUGAUGAAUUUGUGUAAUUCUGGAAUUGAGGGUCAAGUUCUUGAGAAGCUCCUUCUUCCUCUGCUAAUAUUUUUCUUGAUUAAUUCUUUCUUCUAAAUUGUUCUGAAUAAAACUAUACAAAAACGUUUAGGUCUCCAGUUGAUUAAUACAAAUUAAAGUUUUCUUCUUUCUCGGUAAAUCUUGACUGUGUUGUGAGGAAAGUGUUUUCUCUGUCGAACUCAAUCUCAAUCUAAAUCUCACAUGUGUGCUUAAUUAGUGUGAUAUGAUUAACUAGUGAAAGCAAACCAAGAUUUGUUUUGAGUGAAAUUUAUGCACCGACAGAGGAUAUUCCAAAA